AUGGAGCCGAACUCACUGAAGUGGGUGGGCUCGUCUUGCGGCUUACAUGGACCAUACAUUUUUUAUAAAGCCUUUAAAUUUCACCAGGAAGCCAAAACGAGGAUUCUGUCUCUAGAGGAUACUCCCCUGGGAAAGACAGUCACACACGGAGAGCACGAAGUCAUCGCGGUGUCCGAGAAGGUGAUUGUUCGCCUGCAGGACCUGGUAAAGUGGUCUGUGCCGGACUCGUCGAUAUGGAGGCACGGACUGAAGGUGGAGCCCCUAAAGCCGGCAGUGCUGCAGAAGCUCGGCACCAACGGCCGGCGAGAGGCUCUGCACAGAUACAGAGAGAGCACAUGGACCAGCGGCCUCAACUUCAAGGACGUGCAGAGGGAGAGGGCCAAACUAGGUCAGGAGGAGGAUGGUCGUAAAGUACUGGUCUUGAGUUACCCUCAGUACUGUCGGUACCGUUCGCUACUGGUGCGUCUCCGGGAGCAGCCCUCAUCUCUGCUCCUUGACCACACGGUGCUGGCACUGGGGGGCAUCGCAGCUCUGGGAGGGGCCACCAAGAUCCUUUACUGCAGAGACACCUUCGAACACCCUUCCCUCCUACACAACGACAGCAUCUGUGACCAAUUUGCACCUAAUUUGAAAGGACGUCCUCGAAAAAAGAAGUUGUCUGUGUCCCUGAGAAGAGAAUCCCAGAGCCAGACACCAAGCACAGGUCAGAGCUCAUCAGGGCCAUGCCAGGGACCCACAGUGGCCUCCACUCCGGAGCCCUGCCCUGCAGAAAACAAGGCUCCUGUAAAGGUUAAACCAAGCUGUAAAGUGGCACCCAAUGGUAAAAUGCCUGCAGUGGCCAAACAGAAAGCCAACAACCUUAGCAAGAAGUGUGUGCCUGAAGAGAAGGAGCGCAGCGAAGAGAAGGAGAAGAGACAGGAGCAGGAGGUGAAGCUGGAGCAGGUGGACGGCCAAGAGGAGGAGGUGCCAGAGGAGGAGCGCGCGGAGGAGCAGGCCUUCUUAGUGGAGCUUUACAAGUACAUGAAAGAAAGAGACACGCCUAUCGAGAGGAUCCCCUUCCUUGGAUUCAAACAGAUCAACCUUUGGACCAUGUUUCAUGCUGCUCAGAAACUCGGAGGAUAUGAGUUGAUCACAGUUCGCCGACAGUGGAAACAUGUCUAUGAUGAAUUAGGCGGAAACCCCAGCAGCACCAGUGCGGCCACGUGUACGCGCAGACACUACGAAAGACUCCUCCUUCCAUAUGAGAGGCACAUUAAAGGAGAGCAGGACAAGCCCCUCCCUGUGACUAAACCCAGGAAGCCGGAGGGAGGCCAGGAGAAAGCACCAGGAGCCAAACUCAAGGGACUCGGGCCUAAGAAACCCAAAACCCCCAACAAUCUCAAACAGGUUAAGAAGGAGAGAGGAGAUGCCACUGAACAGGAAUUAAACACUAAAGAGGAGCUACACAGUCGGUCUGUGGUGAUUACGGAUGAGCCCAUUGUAAUAGAAGAGGAAGAGUUGCAUCUAACGCUGAAGGAGGAGACUCUGUCAGCGGAGCAGGCCUCUCUGCUGUGCCCCAAAGAGCUGGACUACAGAAGCCAUCACUCCGGCCGACCUCUCAUCACAGUGCCCUGUCCGCCGUCUGAAUGGAGACAAAUCAGUGAAGCUCUGCAAGCUAAGCUCACCUGUGAACAGCAGACUGAAGGCCAUUUCAUUCACAAAAACCCCUACCUGCCUCACCGCUGGGACCACCACAAACCAGCAGCACACAUUGCCCUUCCUGAGACCACCUCCAGAGUCAAAGACUCUUUAGAGAGUCAUGGAGGAAGGAUUGGGAUGGUGCUGCCCAUGUGCAAGCAGCUGGAGCGUCAGUCUGGAGACAGCAGCUCAGAGGAGGACUAUAGUGUGAUAAAGAAGGAGUCUGCAGCCUACAAAUCCAGCCAAGGGGUCAUGUCGCCAUUGGCCAAGAAGAAGCUCCUGUCCCAGGUGUGCGAGUCUAAUACAUUUGCCUUUUCUCUUCAACUUCCUUUACCCCAGAUUCCCUCCUAUUCAUCAAUGUCCCUAUCUGAAAGGGACACAGAGAGGAGAAACGAGGAGUCGGGACAGAGGCAAAGCUCCGACAGUAUGUCAGAGGUGUCCACAUUCCGUCCCUCUGUUAUCCAGCACGCUCAGAGCACUAAAGCACAGCACACCAGCAGCAGCCAGCUGGACAGGGGCAACUCCAGAGAGCUCUCCGAGGCCUAUGGCCGUAGUGGGCGCCACAUUCCGGCCCAAGUGAAUGCACCGUGGCAGCCUUUUCUGCCCCAGGCUCAAAGCCAGGAUGGAAGUAAACAGGACAAGUUAGUGCAACAGAGUAGUACGACAUGUCAGUCAAGAAGCUACACACGGGACUGUUACUCAUCACCUCACCUAAACAGUCUCUACCGACAAACAGAGACCUGCCUCAGCCAAGACCAGAUCUCGGGAUUCACCAACGGAGAGGGCAGGAGGGAGCAGUACAGCAGAGAGCGUGAAGGCGGUCAGGGCUUCAUCUGCAUUGAACCAGAGGGCCUGGCCUAUAGAAGCCACUACACAGACAGGAGUCAGGACAGCAGAGAGGCUAACGAUGAGCCCAAAGACUUCAGCAUAUCGAAACACAGGGUCUCGUCAGUGCCCAAGUCCUCUUUCUGUGGUUUGUCAUAUCCCAUCAUGCACCAGAGUUUGGAGUCACAUCCUAAGGCAUGCAAAGUUUCUCCCAUGACUGUCUCUCCCUCAAAACAGACUUCAGAUUCACAACAGUCGUUCCCCAGUCCAAAGACCUCUGAAUCCAGUCCCAGCAGACUGAGUAAGAGAAGUGUGGCUGAUGAUGAGAGCGAGGACGCUCCCCAGAGGAAGGUGCGUGUGGUGACGCCAAUCCACCCCAUUGCAGUCUCUCGCCGCAGUGACCCCGAGGAACUCAAAGCGGCCGAGCCCACUCAUGCAGUUCACCUCAGCAAUCACAUGACAGAGGGGCAGCCCACCAACACAUACCCCCAUCCACACUCCCUGUACCAGAGCCUGUACGCCCCUGGCAGCCUGGUGUCCAGUGUACAGGAGAUUCAGCACCCAAGCCUACAAUACCUCAAGAGCCAAUCGGCAGUGUCGCCCCUGGUCCCGCCUUUAGCCUUUCACUCCAUGAUGCUUCACCGGCAGCUGAUGGCGGCCAGCCCCAGUGCUCACCCCUUCUACAGGCACCCUGGUGGAGCCGCUCUGUACGGGGACCUUCUGCACCACCUCUAUCCCCUGUCCACACUCCCACCCCCACAGCUGUCCUCGGCACACCCCAGCACCAGACUGUGA